GACUUCUUCAUUUCUUCUCAAAAAGUGCACUGUCGGAACGGUUGGACGCGACGCAGCGUAGCCUAGGUUAGGUUAGGCUACGACGCGGUGGCGGUAGGCGCAUCAGUAGACGUAGACGCUGGCACACAACUCUAAACUUUUUCCACAAACGGAGGUGUUUCAGCAAUGGCUGAACAGUUGGAUCGAUUAAUCAUGGGCGCCAAAAAGGCAUCCGAGGCUCGGUCGACGAGACGGGCACCACGCAGGAACGCGUCCUCCAGACCAUCUUCGCACCAACCGGCCUUUUCAAGGAGCAAUCGGUCUAGAUCAUUUCAAGACGGUGGGACGGUUGUCAACCAACCCCCGAACAGUGGUUCCAAGAUACAUGACUGUUACGUCGUCUUAGAGCGAAUUAGCGAUGCUCCAAAAAAGGAGGCACAGAAUGUUUCUGAAAAGCAGACGCCAAAUGACGAACGCCAACGCAUGGCGUUGAGGAUGAGACAUAAGCAAUCCGGAUCGCAAGAAAAAGAGCUGCUGUCCACGUCCAAUGCAAAAAACGUCCAUGAGGCAACUACGGUGGGCGUAAGUAAAACCGACAGUGGUGCCAAAGACAUCAAGGAACACAAGGAUCCGAUUGACCCAGAUCGAUUGAAGACCGACUGUCAGGCUCCAGGCUCCGGCUACAUAAGUGGUCCAUUCCAUCAGGAAACAAUACUGAACGGAAUGUAUCAGGCUGCACAGCGGGGUAGGGAGGAGUUUGAUGUAUGCAUGAAGAAUUUCCUCAAUUGUGCUGGUGUAAGCCUGACAAACAAUAAGAGCGAAGCAAUGCCACUGCCAUGGUUUAACGUUAAGGAAAAUUUCCAGGAAGAUAGCGUCAUUUCGAAGAACCACAACAAUAAUUUUUGCCUGUUUGCUGAUCUUGAAGCUGAAGCUGACGACGAGUAAGCCGCACAGCAUCAUAAAGUCGUACUUUUUCUUAUGAAACGAUGUUUCAUGUUGACAAAUUUUCUAUACUUUAUAUUUUAUGCUUAACUAGUAUUUUUAUUUUUCAUAUUCGUCAAUAUGUUAUUUUUUCUUCGUUGGCGCUGUACAGCUUAGGCUAACAAAUGAAACAAAAUAAAAUAUUGUCGAUUUUUAGAAA